AUGCCACCCCACGAGUACGAGUUGCGUAGCCGCACGACACCAGAGAAUCUGCUGAACGAAGCAACAUGCAAAGACCACAAACCUGCAGAAGCUCCUCAGAUGGUCGCAGGACCAAGCACCGCCAAGCUACCAAGCCCAUCCCCUGAGAAUGACUGCAACUAUGAGCCCAAACGGGUGCCCCAUCUGACUGACAAGAGAGCGGCCUACUUAUGUGAGAGCGCAUUCAAGCUCCUUCGUCCUAAGCUGGUGCCUCAUGAUCGCCCAGGCAGCCACGAAGAGGUGCUCAUUCCCGUGCGAGAAGGGGAAGGUGCACCCAUUGUACCCAUGCAGAGGAAGCUGAUACGGAUGGGCCAGCAGAAGGCUGGGUUGCUGUCGGACGAUGAAGAGCCUGAGGUUUUGGACGAGAUUGUCGUGGGCGGUACCAAGGUCAACCAGAAGAAUGACAGCAAUUUCAACCAGGGAAACGGUAGCAAGACCGGUAAGGAGGAUGGCAUUAACAGCGAGCAGGCGGCGGUUCAGGGUGUGGAACCUGUUACAGACACAUAUAUGUCAGAGGUGGGUAAGACUAUGGUUGCAGGUACCAUUGCCGAUGAGAACCACAGCGUCAACGAUGGCGACAAUGACUCGCACACAGAGGUAGAUUCGCAGACAUCGGCUGCGGAGGUACGGUCGCCAUUUGAAGAUACAACAAUGGCAGAUAGACCUAGUGCAGUGUUAAAAUCACGUGUGGCGAACAAACAUGUGGCAGAGGACGAUGAAGCUACUGUCGCAGCUAGCAUGGCGGACCAGAGCGGCAGCAGCGACGACGAGCUGACGGAGGUUGAACCUGACGCACCUGUCACGAAGGCGCGUAUUGCAUACACCAAGUCACAUGUCGAAGAUGUAGCCAUGGUGGACGCCCAGGAGAUGGAGAUCGUCGUUGAGAGUACAUUGCUCGAUCAGGACACCAAAGGCAACUUGCGAGCGGUCGCCGAGGAUGAGGAGCACAAUGCGGAUACCUUUACCGCAAAUGAAUCCGUUGCAGAGGCACCUAUCAGAGAGGCAACGGUUGCACAAGCACCCAUCGCGGAGAAGAAUCUCGAAGAUACAACUGCUGCGAACAGACCUAUGACGAAGUCAUAUAAAAUCAUUGGCGACAGCGCAGCCGAGCCGGAUACUGCACGCAAUUUGUAUAUGAUGACUGUACUGGGAGAAUCUACCCCAAAUGCAUCUCUUGCAGAGACCCCUGUCGCAACGACACUUAGGGAGACCCCACCUGUUACCGAGGCUCUUAUGGCAGAUGGAAACAUGGAUACUGCUGCCAGCCAAGCAGCCGCAAUCGUCAUUACGCCUCAUUCUACAGUUCCUGCUUUCCCAGCGGUUGUGAAUCCGGCCCCUGGACUAAGCAACCCUGCGGCCAUGACUCUCCACAACUCCCAACCACCAUUGCCACAGUCCAGGCAGCCUCGAUCAACUCGGCCUAUCCGGUCUCCUCGACCUACUCGGUCCUUUCGAUAUUCUCUACCUUCUCAACCGUCUCGCCCUCCUCGACCAAUCCCGCCUCUCUUCCACGAGACUGCUCCUCGUCUUCCUUUACCUCCCCCACCCCAAGCACCUUCAGCAACAACUGCUACUACUGAAACCUCAUCAACUCUGCCCCGAGAGUAUGAUGACAUCACCGGCUGCGAGCACGGUGACACUCCCGAGACUUAUUACCUUCCAUUCCCCGGAGACCCUGAUCGCACGAGGGUUCAUCUUUUGAGACGGGCCGAGAACAUCAAGAGGGCGAACCGUGAGGCACGGCCGGCUUGGAGGGAUUGA